AUGAGUCUCUUGAAUGGCGCUGAUAGCAGUGGGGUCAAGGCACUCUUCCUCUACAAAACCCCCUGCUGCAUCCACUGGAUCCUUGAACUGGCAGUCAUAGAAUCGCAGUAUCAUAUAAUAGCUUGUGUUGGAAAUGACCUCAGAGCCCAUGCAGCUCUACCCCCCGUCAGGGCCAAGGAUCCCACCCGGCCCAGUCCUGAUUGUCUCCAGAGAUGGGGUUUUGGUCGGAAGGAUGUAGUCGAAUACUUACUGCAGAGUGGUGCCAAUGUCCACGCACGAGAUGAUGGAGGCCUUAUCCCACUUCACAAUGCUUGCUCUUUUGGUCACGCCGAAGUUGUCAAUCUCCUCCUGCGGCACGGUGCAGAUCCUAAUGCUCGGGACAAUUGGAAUUACACUCCCCUUCAUGAAGCAGCCAUUAAGGGCAAGACAGAUGUCUGCAUUGUAUUACUGCAGCAUGGUGCUGAACCGACCAUCCGGAACACAGAUGGAAGAACAGCUUUGGAUUUAGCAGACCCAUCUGCAAAAGCAGUGCUGACUGGUGAAUACAAGAAAGAUGAGCUCUUAGAAAGUGCCAGGAGUGGGAAUGAAGAAAAGAUGAUGUCUCUCCUUACACCACUGAAUGUUAACUGUCAUGCAAGUGAUGGCAGAAAGUCUACUCCUCUACAUUUAGCAGCUGGGUAUAACCGUGUGAAAAUAGUACAGCUGUUACUCCAACAUGGGGCUGAUGUGCACGCUAAGGAUAAGGGAGAUUUGGUGCCACUUCACAAUGCCUGUUCCUAUGGUCAUUAUGAAGUAACAGAGCUUCUAGUAAAGCACUGUGCUGCUGCGUCUCCAUAUCCUAAGAGAAAACAAGUGUGUGAAUUGCUGCUGAGGAAAGGAGCUAACAUUAAUGAAAAGACAAAAGACUUCUUGACUCCUCUGCAUGUGGCAUCAGAAAAAGCUCAUAAUGAUGUUGUUGAAGUAGUUGUGAAACAUGAAGCUAAGAAACUGUGUACAGUUCAAAGUGUGAACUGCAGAGACAUUGAAGGGCGUCAGUCUACACCACUUCAUUUUGCAGCUGGAUACAACAGGGUGUCUGUUGUUGAAUAUCUUCUUCAGCAUGGAGCUGAUGUGCAUGCAAAAGAUAAGGGAGGACUUGUUCCUUUACAUAAUGCUUGCUCAUAUGGUCACUAUGAGGUUGCAGAGCUGCUUGUUAAACAUGGUGCAGUUGUCAAUGUUGCUGACUUGUGGAAGUUUACUCCCUUACAUGAAGCUGCAGCAAAAGGAAAAUAUGAGAUUUGCAAACUCCUAUUGCAGCAUGGAGCUGACCCCACAAAGAAGAACAGAGAUGGAAAUACUCCUUUAGACCUUGUUAAAGAUGGCGAUACUGAUAUUCAAGACUUACUUAGAGGAGAUGCAGCUCUAUUAGAUGCUGCUAAGAAAGGUUGUUUGGCCCGGGUUAAAAAGCUCUGUUCACCUGACAACGUCAACUGUCGGGACACGCAAGGACGGCAUUCAACACCACUACAUUUAGCAGCUGGUUACAACAACUUGGAAGUUGCAGAGUACCUGCUACAGCAUGGAGCAGAUGUGAAUGCUCAGGAUAAAGGAGGUUUGAUUCCUCUGCAUAAUGCAGCAUCUUAUGGGCAUGUAGAUGUGGCAGCUUUGCUUAUAAAGUAUAAUGCGUGUGUGAAUGCUACAGACAAAUGGGCUUUCACACCUUUGCACGAAGCAGCCCAGAAAGGAAGGACACAGCUUUGUGCCUUGUUGCUGGCACAUGGGGCUGAUCCUACUCUGAAAAACCAGGAAGGACAAACACCUUUAGACCUGGUCACUGCAGAUGAUGUCAGCGCACUAUUGACAGCAGCAAUGCCUCCUUCUGCCUUACCAUCUUGCUACAAACCUCAGGUUAUAAGUGUAUCUCAGACAGCAGGUUCUACAGCUGAUCCCCUGUCAUCUGUUCCAUCCAGUCCAUCCAGUCUAUCUGCUGCGAGUAGUCUUGACAAUUUGUCUGUCUCAAGUGUAGAUUUCAGCAUAAAUCAGUUUGUGCGGAACCUUGGCCUUGAACAUCUAAUUGACAUAUUUGAGAGAGAACAGAUAACACUUGAUGUGUUGGUUGAAAUGGGUCACAAAGAAUUGAAGGAAAUCGGAAUUAAUGCUUAUGGCCAUAGGCACAAAAUCAUUAAAGGAGUUGAAAGACUGAUUUCUGGACAGCAAGGACUUAACCCAUACCUGACUCUAAACACAUCCAGUAGCGGAACUCUUCUCAUAGAUCUUUCCUCUGAAGAUAAGGAAUUUCAGUCAGUAGAAGAGGAGAUGCAGAGUACUGUCCGAGAGCACAGAGAUGGAGGACAUGCUGGGGGAGUCUUCAAUAGAUACAACAUUUUAAAGAUUCAGAAAGUCUGCAACAAAAAGCUGUGGGAAAGAUACACACACAGGAGGAAAGAGGUUUCUGAGGAGAAUCAUAACCAUGCUAAUGAAAGGAUGCUGUUUCAUGGCUCUCCAUUUGUGAAUGCAAUCAUUCACAAAGGCUUUGAUGAAAGACAUGCUUAUAUAGGUGGCAUGUUUGGAGCUGGGAUUUAUUUUGCUGAAAAUUCUUCCAAAAGCAAUCAAUAUGUGUAUGGGAUUGGAGGUGGCACUGGAUGUCCAAUUCACAAAGACAGAUCCUGUUAUGUUUGCCAUAGGCAGUUGCUGUUCUGUCGUGUAACGCUGGGCAAGUCUUUCCUGCAGUUCAGUGCUAUGAAAAUGGCCCAUUCUCCCCCUGGACAUCACUCAGUUACUGGGCGACCCAGUGUAAAUGGACUGGCAUUGGCAGAAUAUGUCAUUUACAGAGGAGAGCAGGCUUAUCCAGAAUACUUGAUUACUUACCAGAUCAUGAAACCUGAAGCUACCACUGAAGCUUAA